UCAUGCGUCUGUUGACACCCGCCGGAUAAGAUUGGCGUUUUAACGCCUAAACAAAGGAGUUAUCCGAGCGCACCGGCACGAGCCCCACAUGGCGCGACUGCGCAUGCUCAGUGCCCGACGGACCGGUGUCCAGUCAGUGUCAGACACUCUGAUCAGAUGCGUUUGCUUCGUAUGCUCCAGUCCCGUUAGUUAUAUUCAGUUUGCCUUCGCGUUAUUAUUGCCAAACCGGCGGGGUUGAUGUGUUUAAACGCACACUGUAGAUUUAAAUCCAGACAUUUAUUCACUCUCAUAUUUUAUCUGGGCUGCACCGCACCUGAUGUCGGCAUAGGCACGCGCUCGCAAGGAUAAUCAUCUUAGAACUAGAGCCAUGGAGACAGUCAUUCACUUUAUGAAUGACUCUGUAGAGUUUUAUAAAUGGAGCCUUACCAUAGCAGAUAAGCGCGUGGAGGAAUGGCCGAUGAUGUCAUCUCCGCUCCCCACCCUGGGGAUCAGUGUUCUCUACCUGCUCUUCCUCUGGGUCGGACCCCUUUACAUGCAGAACCGGGAGCCUUUUCAGCUCAGAAAAACCCUCAUUGUGUACAACUUCAGCAUGGUGCUGCUUAACUUCUACAUCUGCAAAGAGCUGCUCCUGGGCUCCAGAGCGGCCGGAUACAGCUACCUCUGCCAGCCCGUGAACUAUUCCAAUGAUGUUAAUGAAGUCAGGAUAGCGUCAGCGCUAUGGUGGUACUACAUCUCUAAGGGGGUGGAGUUUCUGGACACAGUGUUCUUCAUCAUGAGGAAGAAGUUUAAUCAGGUCAGCUUCCUGCACGUCUAUCACCACUGCACAAUGUUCAUCCUGUGGUGGAUCGGCAUCAAGUGGGUUCCUGGCGGACAGUCUUUCUUUGGCGCUACGAUUAAUUCAGGCAUUCAUGUGCUGAUGUACGGCUACUACGGCUUGGCAGCGUUUGGACCAAAGAUCCAGAAGUACCUGUGGUGGAAGAAAUACCUCACUAUUAUUCAGAUGAUCCAGUUCCACGUCACCAUUGGCCACGCCACUCAUUCUCUCUACACGGGCUGCCCAUUCCCGGCCUGGAUGCAGUGGGCUUUGAUUGGCUACGCUGUUACGUUCAUCAUCCUGUUUGCCAAUUUCUACUACCAGACAUACCGCCGCCAGCCACGCCUCAAGUCAGCCAAACCUGCCGUGAACGGCAUCUCCAAUGGCACCAGCAAGACAUCGGAGGUCACGGAAAAUGGAAAGAAACAGAAGAAAGGAAAAGGAAAGCAUGAUUAAAAAGAAACAAGACAGGAAGUGAAACACUGGGUCUCAUGGGCUUCAAAAAUACCCAUGUCUCAACUGCUACAGACUGUUUGGUAAUUGUGAAAACAAAAUUGGUCUUUUUUUUGUCAACUUUGCUGAUUGUAUUUCCAAUGCAUCCAGUCCUGUGUGACAUCACUUCCUCAAUCAUCUCCUUCGAGCUGUUUAGGCUACUUGUGACAGUUUUAUAAUACAAAAUGUUAUAUUUGGUUUACCGGAUGAAAAGAGCAAACUACUUUGAGGCGUUUAGUUAUUAUUUGGGGGGAAUAGUCAGUUCUGAACGGGGGUUUUUUUCACAAAAUCACAUGCUUUUUCACAUAAACAGAAAGCUAAUUCUCUUGAAUGUUUUUAUUUCGAAUAAACAGCUGAUGAAAGAUUCUUGCAUAAAUGGUUCAGCUGGACGCUUCACAUGUCCUUCCUCUGGUCUCGAUGGCAGCCAGCUUUCUUCACACUGUUGAAUCCUGAAAGACUGAGCCCUUUAACAAAACAAAUGAUAUGGAGAAAGAGUCAUUCGAGAUGCAAGUCUGAAUCACUUCCGUAAAACAUGAGGAUAAUCCAACAUUUUAUUAUUAUUGUCUGUUUGAUUUGUAGUGAAACAGUAGUGUUUAAGGGCUCAGGUGAACAUUAUAACAAAUAGGCGAUUACUAAAAUGGCAACACAGUUCUACCAAAGAAAAUCACUGUACGUUUGGUGGGUUUAUACUCUUGCAUUAGAUAAUGUCACUGUUUUUAUUUCAUUUCCUGUGCAAAACAAGUUCCUGAGAUUUGCAUGCAGUAAUGAUGGUGUCAUGGAUAUAUACUCAGGUAGUUUCACAUGUUUUUGUUCCACAUGUAAAAUUAGACACAUGCACCGCAUACAAACACACACACACACACACACACACUUGUGUCCUUAAUGUCUGUUCAGGUACUCCUCUCUAUUGCUUUGUGCAUGUAGCUUUUUAUUAAGUUUUUGCAAGUUAUAUUACAUUACAGUCACACUAAUUUUGCUUUUUGUUCCCUAUUAUGAAAAAAGUUCCUGUGUUAAUAGAAUCCGACGAUUGGAAAAAAAAAAAAAAAAGAAGGUAGGCAAAAGAUGUUUGAAAAUGGCUAUAUAUUUCCUGUAUGACACUCUUGAAUUCACACAGGAAGCUGUGUUUGUGAUCUGUACAUUGUGUACAACAGAUUCUUACAAAUGUCAAUGUUCCACUUAUAGUUAACAACUAUAUCAGUUUAUACAGAACUGAAUGAAAUAAACAGGAUGUCAACCUCAUUGUAUGUCUUCCCUCACUCUUUCAUGUAUGAAUUUGCUAAUUAGUUACAAAUGACUCUCUCUCUUUUUCUUGUGUUUUGCUUUGCUAAUUCAAGCAUUACUGUGGAAGUCUGUUUCUGCCAUGGAAUAAAACAAUUUAAAAAUGUAAAUUCUGAGGAAAAAUGUCAGAAUUGUGAGAUAACUCAGAAUUUGGACUUUUUUCACAAUUCGUAAACUUCAUAAGACAUUUUAUUUUUUUAUUGUUUUUGCAAUUCCAAGUUUACAAUCACAACAAUUCUAACUUUUCCCCUGAAUUCUGAGUUUAUAUAUCACACUUCCUUUUUUUUUCUUUUUUUUUUUUUUUGGUGUGUUCCUGCCAUCACAUUUAAUUUGUAAAAAGUAAUUAAUUAUUAUUUAUUUAUUUAUUUAUUUAUUUAUUUAUUUAUUUAUUUAUUUAUUUAUUUAUUUAUUUAUUUAAAUUUAAUUUAAUUUAUUUAAAUUUAAUUUAAUUUAAUUUAAUUUAAUUUAAUUUAAUUUAAUUUAAUUUAAUUUAAUUUAAUUUAAUUUUUAUUUUUUAUUUAUUUUUUAUUUUUUUUGAGUGCAGUCGUGGCCUAAUGGUUAGAGAGUCAGACUUGUAACCCAAAGGUUCAAUUCCUUCGAGUCAGGAAUUGUAGGUGGGGGGAGUGAAUGUACAGUGCACUCUUCCACCUUCAAUACCACGACUGAGGUGCCCUUGAGCAAGGCACCGAACCCCCAACUACUCCUCGGGCGCUGCAGCAUUGCUGCUCACUGCUCCGGAUGUGUGUUCAUGGUGUGUAUGUGUGUUCACUGCUGUGUGUGUGCACUUAGGAUGGGUUAAAUGCAGAGCACAAAUUCCGAGUAUGGGUAACUUGGCCACGUCACGUCAUUGAAAUGCACUGAAUUGCUUAAUUCUGUUUUUUUUUUUUUUUUUUUUCUUGCAAUUGCGAGUUUGAAUCUCACAAUUCUGAGUUUACAUCUCACAAUUUUGAUUUUUUUACCCCCCAGAAUUUGGAAAAAAAAUUGAAUCUGAAAUAAAUAAAUUAAUCAAUAAAAAAUUUUAUUUUAUUUUUUAUUUUAGGAUUGCAAGAUAAAGUUGCAAUUAUUAUUUUUUUUAUUUAUUUUUUAUUCCAUGGAGGAAAUGGGCUUCCAUACUGUAACUGUAGUUCAUACUUAAAUUUUAAGUAUUAUGGGCGAUUGACACCAAGGAUGAUAACUAUAACGAUAACUGUAAUGUUUUAAUAAUUACUUCAAUUCCAUAAUUAUAAUGACACAGAGGAACAAUAUAAUUUGAUUUCAAAAUGAAGUUUUUUUUCCAGCUGAUGACCAGAACAUUGACAGCCAAUCAGAAUCACUCCAAUAUUAAUGAACUGGAGUAUUUUGAAGAACAGGCGACACAACUGCAGCGCAUGCUCAUGAUCAACAGAUGUUAUUGUGAGUUGGUGUGGAUGCUAAUAUAGUUAUUGUUCUUUGGUCUUUAGACUUCAGCUACAGACAUCAAUGACACCUCAAAUCAAGCAGCUUUUAGGAAAGAUGUUCUGUCCUCUUUCGAAGUGAUUGGAAUGACUUCAGCCAAUAAAGAAACCACCCAGAACACCUAGCAACCACAUUCCAACACCCUAAACACUUAACACCUUAGCUCUUCUCUUGCAACCAUCCAUGACAUAGUUCACAUCAGGACUUUAAUAUGAGAAGAGGAUGACAGUCCUAUGUCUGACCACCUAUUUUAGCAGUUCACAGACCCUCUGCCUUCAUCUCUCUCCUUCCUGGACCUUUAAUUAAGUGUCCUCCGUCCACAAUGGAGCUCCCAGGCCAGAGCUUUGAGGGGUUGGGCAGACAGAUCUGGACUAAUCAGGCUGUAAAUUGGCUUUCACCGUAAAAGAGCUUAUAUCCACGUCAGAGUUUGUAGCGUUAUUCAGGUCACAGUGGGGGAAACUUACACUGGUAUCAGACUAAAACUAUUAAAUAGACCAGAUGGAUACAUUAAAUAUGACUUUACAUGUGACAAUAGCAAUAUCCACAAUAAGCGAGAAAUGUUUUAUAUAGUAUGCCAAAUAAAAAUAAAUAAAUAAAUGUCCAUUAUGCAGGGGAAAAAAAAUAAAUAAAUGCUGCUCUAAAUAGAGAAAAUGUACUUAAUGUUUUUGGGAAUUUUAUAUUUGACUACUAGUAAAAUCAAAAACUAGAUCUCUUAAUUACAUUUCCAAACCACCAUACUUUUUACUCUUUAAAAUGUCUAAUUUGUAUAAAGUGUUAAAGUCUUUGUAGCCUAUAUCCUUAAAAUCAUGUUUGUUUUUUUGUCCAGCUACAAACAAACCAAUCAAAUUAUUUAAAAAAAAUUAAAAAAAUUGUAUAUAUAUAUUACGCAUUUUAAUAUUUAAAUGACAAAUGUAAAUGGCCACAGCUGUGGUCAUAACGAUUUUUCAUAUGUUAGCACAAUAUACAAUCUUUGAUCUAAAGCAGUUUCUUUAAACAAUGCGUUAUUGCUUUAUUAUUUUCACUGUUAUCUUCAAUAGGACAGUCUAAACUGUCUGAUUCCGAAGCUUAAAAAAUACUUCAAAGGAAGAGAAAAAACGUGUAAAUUCUGGUAAGAUACUGUGAGUAAGUGAUUAUUAUUUUGACAUGGUAUAGCCAAACUGAAACUAUGUCACUGAGACUAAACUGUAGUAGUUAAUCUAGUACCUUAAAGAAAUUGUUUACUCAUACUAGCUACCAUUUUCAAAUUCUUGCUCUCCAAACCCAUUCUACAAUUUCUCUCUCUCUCUCUCUCUCUCUCUCUCCAUGUGUCUGAUCAAGGAUGUUCGUCAGUAAGAGGAUUGCAAACAGGCCAGAGAUUUCCACUGGCCCUAUUAACAGAAAGUGGUUUCACCUUUCUCUCAACCUGUUCCUCUGAUAAUAUACUCUAUAAACACUCCCUGAGAUAAUUAACUCUUCUCUGUAUCCAUACAAAAAGCCACCUAUCAUGGGCUGUGUUUGUACACAAUAAUGCAAAUUCAACGCUAAUGCACUUCUAAAUGGUGCACUAAAUCUGAAUUUUUGAGCUGCAGGAAAUAGCAUGCAGUGUGCAGAAGGAUGGAUAGAUAUUGGACUAAUUUACAUCUAAAUCUAUAACCCCCAUAUCUUAUUUUGAUGUAAUAGGAUAAGUAAUUUAUUUUAUUUAUCAGAUUAUUUCCUGUUGAAGUACACAGACAGACACCGCUCUCUAGUGUUCACAGGCAGAAUUAC